ACCCCAAUAUUAGCUCUUUUAAAAUUGAUUUUUCAUCAUCGCAUGACAUAAACUUUUAGGUCCCCGAAUUUUUUCGGGCUUUUUCCGACCAUAAACGCGACUUUUCCCCAACUAUCCCUCCACACCGCCGACCGUCAUGUCGACCCGGAAAGUGCGAUACAAGAAGCUUAACACAAAGACGCCUCUGCCCGUACUCCGCGAAGAUCAGAUCGACCCCAACGAAUAUGAGUCCCUAACAAAUGAAUCUCAAAUCGCUACUGGCGUCGAACAAGCAGAGGAAAAUGAAUACCAUCUGCAAGCCGCCCUCAAGGGUGUCGGCGCCAGUACGGAUAAUGAGAUUCCGGUGCCGCCGCCCCAGAAGAGCGAGGCUAGUUAUAAUGAGCUGUAUCCCACCCCAUAUGUAGAGCCCAAAAGCUAUAUCAAAUUCUCUGAAACCGUCGAAGAGACACUCGGUAGUCUCUAUGACAUGACAACAGAGGAUGAGGAAUACCUCAAGACCUACAAUGCCAAGUGGACGGGAAACACCCAGCUUUCCGAGGACGACUUCGAGCGCAUCAUGGAAGUGUUUGAAGAUACGGCGUCGGAGCAGGCUCCCUUUGCUGCGGUCGAUAAUACGGUAGUACCGUUUGACACAAUGCUUCGUGCAAUGAACCACUUAGUCUCUGCUAAGUCGAUUCAAGCCCAUGCAAAGAAUGUUUAUGAGUAUUGGAAGACUCAACGACAGGCAACCGGCAAUAAAAUAUUGCACCCGGCGGUCAAGUUUGAGACUCACCAAGAGCAUGACGACAUGGACCCUUAUGUCUGUUUCCGACGACGUGAGGUCCGACAGACAAGAAAGACGAGGGCACGCGAUGCGCAGGUGAGCGACAAAUUGAAGAAGUUGCGUAAGGAAUUAGAAGAAGGACGUCAACUUGUUCUCCUCUCCGGCCAGCGAGAAGUAUUCAAGAGAGACCUGUUGAGCAAUGACAGAAUCAUCUUCGGCCUGCGAACCAGUCUUAAGGAAUCUAAAGUUCGUCUUGGCAUAAAGAGUGAGGACGACGACUUGUUCACUCAGAGACCGCAGAAACGGCCGAGAACAGAAGCCCAGCAACCUUCUCGGCCAGCUCCUCAUGGUCAGCUUCGUCUUAUUGUUCGUCCAGAUGGAGGUCGAUCUGUGGAACCUGCAGACCUCGUCGUCUUGGCCGACAAGCUCGCUGAGAAGGAGAACGAGUUGCGUAACGAUGUCGAGAUGAAGAUACAGAACCAUAGGAGAUGGAAUCACAGCUAUGUGGACCUUACUGCUGACCCGCUGCCUCCUGUCCGAGAAGAAAAGGAGGCAAGCUUCAGGCCUGCAAAAACCACAUACCUAAUGACCCCACCGGCAUCCGCGUCGGAUUCCAUGGAUGUAGAUGAAACACCUCCGGUAGAGGCAGAUGGAUCUCUUCUUCAUUCUGGAUUCAAGGGCAUCAACUUGAAUACAGAUGAUCACGAAGAGAUGACUUCGUAUCGUCGUCGUAUUGGUCGACUCGGUCGCUUGUUUGUCGAUCGUCGGCCGCCUAAACUGAAUGGGGUCAAGAGCCCUCCGCGCGAGAUAGACUACUCCCAAAGCGAUCGUUGGAAGUAUGAUCAGGAUGACGACGAUGAUGAACAACCGGUGUAUCAAGUCGACCCUAAUAGCUCUCGCCAAAUGAAAUUCAGAUCGACGAUACCACCUUCGCCCUUCUUAUUCAGAAGACAAGGAGUAGAUGCGGCAGCCCUCCAGGGGGGCGCAAAUCGGCAGGCCCUUCCACAACCGCAGGCGCCUCCGCCCCAACCCCCGGCACCACAACCGCAGAAUUCGACUUGAUGAAUCUUAGGUGAGGUCGUAAUAAGUCCUCGACGGAUCUCAAAUGCCGACCUGGAACACGAAUCAGAUGCGCAGUGCUCAGGAAAUGACGAAUCUUGGCUUUAACCAAGCGCAUUGUUGCCUGCAAAUCUGUAGGAGAGCCUAUGCUCUGUCUCGCCCUAUAAAUCAGCUUUCGACGGCUUGGCUAGAGGUACUCUGCUAUCUUUGCCGAUGAGAGAGUCCACCGAGAUAUCGAUCCCGCUCAGUUAGUUUGCCCUUGCUCG